GGCGGGAAAUUGAAGAGGACAGGUGAAACAAUCAGCUGGGUGGGACAAAGAGAUGGGGGUGACGAACCUGUGGACAAUUCUGGCUCCAGUGAAGCAGCACAAGCCUCUGUCAUCCCUUCGAGGUCAGACCAUCGCUGUGGACCUCAGCAUCUGGGUGUGUGAGAACCAGUGUGUCAAGUCUAUGCAGGGAGUGGUAGCCAGGCCGUAUCUCAGGAACCUGUUUUUUCGAGUCAGCUACCUGACCCAGCUGGGGGUGAAGCUGGUGUUCGUGAUCGAGGGUGCGGCACCACAGCUGAAAUGGCAAGAGAUGAGGAGGCGCCAGCAGGCUCUGGGGCGGGGCAGAGGGGGACGUGCAGGCAGAGGGGGGCGCUCCAACUUCAAUGCCCGACUGAGAGAGUGCUGCCAGCUUUUGGAUCUGCUUGGAAUCCCUUACAUUCACAGUCGUGGUGAGGCGGAGGCCAUGUGUGCUGCCCUCGAUGCUGCAGGGCUUGUCGAUGCAUGCAUCACAGACGAUGGAGAUGUGUUCCUGUAUGGAGCUCGCACAGUGUACAAGAACUUCACCAUGAACAGCAAGGACCCUCAUGUUGAGAGCUACAGCAUGGCUGCCAUUGAACAGGACCUGGGGAUAUCGCGGGAGUCACUGGUGGGUGUGGCACUACUCCUGGGGUGUGACUACCUGCCCGGAGGGGUCCCUGGGGUGGGAGUUGACCGGGUCAUCAAGUAUCUCCAGUCUCUCAAAGGUGUGGAUAUACUCAAAAGGUUUCUUCAGUGGGGACAGAUGACAGUCAGUCAGUGUGUCAGCAAGAUUGAGAUUUUUAUCCGACAAAAAUCUCUUGCAACACAAGAUUUCCCCCAGUCACAGGUUAUUGAUGAAUUUCUAAGCUCACAAGAAACAAUUCCAAAGCAGGAAUUUAUAUGGAGACGUCCACACAUUGCCAAAACACAGGGGUAUGCCGAGACAAAGAUGGAAUGGCCGCCGGACUACACCACGGAGAAGGUCCUGCCGCUAGUUACACUGUGGGACUUGGUACAUAUAGCUGACAGACAGUUACAAAAUGUGCCCCACCUGAAACCUACUAGGAUUGUGAAGCCUCGUGUCCGACAUGGAGUACCUGUCUAUGAAGUGGAGUGGUUCAAGUCAGUGGAUGAUGUGAACACAAGCAGUGAAUUUUACACGACUUUGGAGGAGCAGGGCCUCUUUGCACGAGCCUUCCCAGACCUCGUCCGCCAACUUGAAGAGGAGAUGGAUAUGAAGAAGGAGAAGAAAAAGAAAGGCUCGAAGAAAUCCAAGAAGAAGGAACAUCCAGAGGAUGAGCUGGGUGACUUGUCCAGCCAGAUGCUGCUGUUGGAGCUCCAGGGUGAUAAGGGUGCUAUUCAGGAGACUCGAAUGAAAGACACAGAGUGUAUUCACAAAGUUUCCAGUCACAUGUCACAUGACACUCAGAGACAAGUCACUCAGUGUGUACAGUCAACCUCCCAUCACCUGAAGAAGGAGCCUUCAACACAAGGACCUAUUGGUGGUCCACAUCCCACAGCAAAGAGUCGACGUAAACCAGGCCGCAGCAUCAAAGAUGUUGAUGAACUGGAUGUCAGGGUGAAACAGGAAAACAAGACAUCUUUAAUGAUGAGCAGGAACAGUCAUACUGUGUCAGAUUGUCCUCAUGAAAAUGAGUUGUGUUCAAAGAUUAAGAAAGUGACUGGACUGGCAGGUGCAAACUUGCACAAAGGCAUUUCACUUGAGUUAAGAGGCACACUAGGCACCAGUGAUAAACACAGAAGUGGAGGAUAUAUACUGGAGCAAGAUGAGCAAGAGAUUCCAUACAAGUCUAGUUCCGGUGAGGAUUCAGACAAACCAGAGUCUGAUUCAGAUUCGGACAAGGAGAAUGACGAGGUGUUCCUCUCCCUGUCUCAGAGGCUUCAGAUGAAGCUUGGUCAGUCCACCAAAGGCCGAUCUUCGUCUGGAGGCUUUGAACAGUGUCUGGCCCUGAAACAGCAUACCAAGAUGAAAUGUACGUCAGAGAGUGGGGUUAACUCAAUGUUGAGUGUAAAGCCUGUAAGGACUAGGAAUAGUGAACAGGAAAAACUUGGAGUGGCAAACCCAAACUCACCGGGUGCAUUCAAUGAUGACAGCUGCUUCAAGAAACCUAAUGUGUCCUAUAAUUCAGGGAAGAAAUCAGAUGUGAUGAUCCAGUCUCGGGGGAGGAGAAAGAAAGCAAAUGAAAUCAAAGAUUUGUCCCAACCUGUUCUGUGCAGAGACCAACCAAUUAAAGGUAGCGCACAUGAUCCGUUUUCAGAUGUAAAUGUAGAUUCUCACAGAGCUUGCAAGCAGUCAGCUUGUAAUGAUUUAAGGAAUGUUACCAAUUCCAAAUCAAGUCGACCCUAUUUUGAAAGAAAGUCAUGGGAGACUGGAUGUCAUAGUUCAAAGAAUAUUUCAUUACCUGUUGAUUCAGCAGAUUGUAGACUAAAGGGUUCAGAUGCAUAUGUUGAAGGACAAGAUAUUGAUUCACUGGCAGGCCCAGGCCCACCUUUAACUGAUCUGUCUCGGGUCUUAAGAUCAGAUGAAGAAACAUUUGAGGCAUCAAACCUGCGAUUGCCCUGUCCUAAAGCAAAUAAUUCACCAGCAGUUUCAGACCUUACUCCAGAUACCCUCUGUGGUGAGCAUGACUUCAGCCAUAUUGCUUGCAUGACAGAAGUUCACACUCCUGAUAUCAACAGUAGACCGAGCAGACCUUCUGUCAAUGGCACAUCUCCCAUCUCCUUUGAUUUAAUAAGUUCUGAGAAAAGUGCCAUAAAUCAUGAUUGUUUAAAUGGCGUUAACAGUAACAACACCCAUGACAAUAGUAAUACGGAUACCCAUGUUCACUGUCAUGGUAAUUCUGCUUCACAAAUUAACUCAUCCACUAGCAACACUCAAUUACUAAAUGGGUCACCCCAUCAAUCUCAUUUAAGCCCUAAACCAAUGGAACCUUUCUGUGUGACAAGCCAUCUAUUCCAUCAAACCCCAUCACCACUGACACAUGCAGGGAGAUCUACACUCUAUCCACAAACCCCUGAGACAGGUUCUCCUUCAGGGCAGUCACAGGCUAAGGUCCUCUUGUAUCAGACUCCCUCUCCCAUGUUCACGGUAAAACCUUGCAAACCUGACACUGUAAACAGCAGACCUGCACACACGAACCAGACAAGAUUCUAUCAGACACCAUCUCCAACCUCCACCUCUGCAGUCAACUCAACGUUACAGUUCGGCAACUUCAGCAUGCAAGCAUCACUGUUGAAUGACACUUUGGCCAAUAUUACUGCCAAUUCUACCUCCAUCGGGUCUUCAUUUGGCAGUUAUAGAACUCCCGUUGGUGGUACUACCCUUGGUGAAGAUCGACCUUCUGUCUGUUCAUCCGUCACUCGUAAUGUAGAUACAGAUGAAGGUAGUCCUGAAAUGUCUUCCAGUGAUUCAUUAUGUCCUCCGUCUUUUGAAGGCGAUAAAUCAAAAACAUGCAAUGGGAAAUUUAAUGUCGACUUAAGUUUCCACAUGUUGUCACUUGAUUCCAAGCCUUUAAAUGAAAAAGCAGACAUUAGUGCAAGGGAGGGUGUGGCUUCAAGAGGCCAACUGAGAAGGGAGAGUUCAGAAUCCAGUACAUCACUUGAAAUUGGAAAGAACAAAAUGGAUCAGGAAAGUCUGGAACAUGAUGCAUUCGCUUAUUGUUCUGUGAAACAUCCCAUCAUUGCUAAUGGAAGCGAAAAGCCUGAGACAGAAGCUUCUAAUGAACCCGUACCUGGAACUACUACUGAACAAAAUACUUCAUCUGAAAUUAUGUCCCCAGGUCACACUGAGACUGAUAAACAGAUCCCUGAUGUGAACAUGCUUUCAUCUCAAAGUCAAAUUCCACCCUGUUCCCCAAAAACAAAUCCUAAUAGAUCCAAGCUGUCCUUGAGAAGAAAGGGCAAUAGAUCUCAAAGCUCACUGAUUCAACAUGAAGUGUUGUCAUGUGACUUGGGACAGUCACAUUCAACUCAUCCAGUUUCUACUACUGGCUGGUCAGGAGAGUCGUGUACAGUUGAACAACCUGCAGGGCCAUUCUCUAUCAAACGUUCCACUGAACAUUCUGUGAUUGACUUGUGUGAAGAUUCUGAUAGUGAAAGAGGGAAUUGUGAAAAUACUGACAGUGAGGUGUGGAACGGUAAACCUGUUUGUGUGCCAACCAACCGUUUCAUGACGACUGACAAAGUUUUUGCACUAGAAGGUGAUCGUACAUUUCUACAGAUGCUGGAUAAUCCGUCUCGCCGCAUCAAAAUCUCGGCUAAACAACCUUUGCCCAAUUUCUAUGAGGACUCUGACAGUGAUACGUUGCCUGAAUGGGAAACCGAAACCGAAACCAAAGGUGCUGAAACAUUGUUUAGAGCAAUAGAUGAUAAAAUCGGUAUGGGUAAUAGUUGCCCUAACGGUUCCAGGGUCAGUGGGGCAUCGUCCUUCAGCAGUGAGGAGGACUCAGCUGAGGGUAGCUCCACUGACAUAGCCCAGACAGAGCCAUGUGUAGAUGGAAUGAUCAGAAGGGACGGAUUUGUGUCGGACACAAAAGAUCGUGCUGUGUGCGGUGCAGAUGAGACGACCAUGAUGGAAAGUCCGGUGUCUCUGUCAGACAGGCUCAAACUCAGACUGCCCAACAAUGCUCAAAAUGCCCUGAAAGCACUGUCCUCGCGAAGAAACUUCGGUCUUGAUGUAAACGUGAAACCCGUAAGGAAAACAUGAAGAAUAACUACUCAACGUUAAAGAAUACCCGAUCCCCUAGCACUAUAGUUAAUGUCAUGACCAUAAUCAUUUUGGAAGUUUGCGGUCGUUAGAAAAUCGUGGUGCAUUGGCAUUGUUAACUCCAUGACGUUUUGAAUGUACAACUUCGAUGUUAAAGAUAAACUCAUCAAUUAAAGCUAAGCAACACCCACAAAUGUUAAAGGCAAUGCAAAACCCACCAGCCUUGAGAGAUCUACCAUAGUUAUGUAAGAAGGUAGGUGUUUUUUUACUUUUUGGAAAAGUAUGUAAAUAACACUAUUUUACCACUUGCUUCAGAAAAAAAUAUAUUUAUUCUGUGCCUGACAUAAAAUUGAUACAGAUGAA